AUGGCGUACCAGCAAGGCUAUGGCACGCCAGUGUCAGAUUCAUCACAGACCCCGACCACAAAUGGAUACGUCGACGUCCCGAACCCUUUCACAGACCGCCUCAAGGGUUUGCAGAGUCAGGAGGAGAGACGCUUGUUUGACCUGGUCGACCGACUCAAGGACCUCGACGUGAACAGAGAGCUCCAAUUGCCCCAGCUGGUCGUCUGUGGGAGCCAGUCGUCCGGCAAGAGUUCCGUCCUCGAGGCCAUCAGCGGCUUGUCAUUUCCAAGGGGAGAGUUUACUUGUACCAAAUUCGUGACCGAACUUCGGUUUCGUCCAGGAAAUGUCGAAUCAAUCAAUAUCGAGAUAGUGCCCGACACAGCACGGAAUCCUGACGACCAGGCCCGCCUCAGAAAUGCCAGGUUCAAAUCCAGGAGAUUGGCCGAGCUGGGCCAGAUUGUCAAGGAAGCCGAAAAAUGGCUGUUGGGCGGUCGUGGAGGGUUUGCGACUGACGUGCUCAAGGUCGAGGUUGUCAGGCCACAUCAGCAGCCGCUGACUCUGAUUGACACCCCCGGGCUGAUAGCCUCGCACAACGAAGGCCGCGAGUAUAUUGACAUGGUCCGCCGCAUCGUGGAUGACUGGAUCCAGCAACCACGCACUCUGAUCCUGGCCGUCGUAGAGGCCAACCUUGACCCGCAAAAGCAGUCCGUCCUCACCAUCGCCAAAGAAGUCGAUCCCACAGGAGAGCGGACCUUUGGCAUCAUCACAAAGCCGGAUCUCGUCGAGUCGCCGUCGGGCUUGGAGGACUUCUGGGUCAAGAAAGCCCGGAAUGGCGCGGAUAGCACGGCCGAAUUCAACUUUGCCAAGGGCUGGCAUGUCCUUCGCAAUCGUGGCGUGCGCGAAACCGGAAACGAGACCUCGACGGCCGAGAGAGACGAAGCUGAACGCAUGUUCUUCAUGUCUCCCGAGCGCAAAUGGAGUCAGGUCGACCAAGCAUACUGGGGCAUUGACUCCCUCCAAGGCCGUCUGAGAAGCAUCUACUACGACCACACCCGGCGGCAGCUCCCGAUCAUCCAGGACGACAUUUUACACCGGCUCCAGAAGGCCAUGAGGGAAGUAGAUGGCAUCAACGAGAAGCUGGCAGAUGCCGACGAGAUCUGGGGUAAAUUCAGUGAAGAGCGCACGGGUCUGGCCGUGCAGGCCAAAGGGUGCGUGGACGGCACUUACCUGGACGGCGCGGCCGACUGGCAAGACGCUCCCGACUACUACCUGCGGGCUCGGAUCGAAGAGGAUCACGACGAGUUUGCGCGCGAAGUGGAACUGAACGGCCACGGCCUGCGUCAAGCAAAAUCCGCGCGCAGCCUCACCGAGGACAGGGACGGCUUCCGCGCCUAUGUACAGCAAAUGCUCGAGUCGACCCGCGGCCGUGAGUUGAAGGGCAGCUAUGAUCCGAAUCGGCUGAAUUUGCUAUUCCGAAAGCACUCGGAACCCUGGUACGGCAUUGCCAGGAUGCAUCUGGACCACGCCCACCGUCGAUGCGUCGUGUUUGUCGAGCACAUUGUCGAUAAUGUGCUGCGGAAGGAGCUCCCCGCACUUCCGGCGCGAGUCUCGCAAGCCAUUAAAGACCAUCUAUACCAGGCGCUUGAGAUGCAGAAGAAAAAGGCCGAAGACGAACUCAAGGCCAUCGAGCAAGAUCGAAAACAGCCCGCGCAGACAGAGAGUAAACGCUUUGAGAGGCUGGCACGACAAUUGAAGGCGAACAAGACCUUCGCUCUGGUCAACCGUGUGGCGGAGGAGGAGUACCCGUACAUGGCAAAUGCGUCGUCACCAACAAGAACAGAGAACCCAAACGAGAGGGAGAUCAGGCCGCCACCAGCUACUCCUGGGAGCGCCACACGAUUUACCCCAGCACAUGUCGAGCGGGUUCUGGCUCAGGACAGCCGUGCCGAGUCAGCGGAAGAGAUUGGCCAAAGGAUGAUCAUUUACUACGAGAUCGCACGCGAAGUCUUCAUCGACAACGUCGUUGUCCAGGUCGUCGAGCGACAUCUUCUACGGCCGCUGCAUAAGCUGUUCCAGGGCGACUUUGGCGUUGACAAGGACGCCUUCACGCGCGCGGUGGAUGCUGAGAGGGACCAGAACCUGACGGCUAGGAGGAACGCGUUGAAUGAGAGGGUCAAGCGGUUAAGGACCUUUGCUGACCAGCUGCGUGCCAUUUGA